UCCAUUUCCACCACUUCUUCCCGACACGCUUCGCUGUACAUUUGUAAUACUUUGACUGCGCUCUAACGAUGGCUUCUGGAUCUCUAGCAUUCUGCAGGACACCUCUGCGGAGGGCUCUCACCUCCUCGCCUGCCCCAAGGCUGACCCCGCCAGCAAAUGAACCCCGGAACCAUCAGCAAGCUAGGACCUUCUUCUCGCUGAAAGAUAUUGCUAAGCUAGCGGGAGAGGUGCAAGGGCAGGGAGCCAAUGCUGGAUCGCGGCCAGGCAGUGGGCAGGCAGCUGGGGUGACCGAGUACAAGGAUAGCAAGGUUUUGAGAUAUUCGUCCUCAGAGCUCUACAAGAUCGUCUCGGAUGUCAAUUCCUACUCUUCCUUUCUCCCAUUCUGCGCCGGCUCCACCAUCAAGGGACCUGCUCCGCCGCUUGAGGGAGAUGCGCUAGCCACUUCGGACAAGGUGACCAGUCGGCCUGAUCACAGGGUCUUGGCUGACUUAACAGUUGGGUUCAAGUCUUUCAAAGAGACAUAUACGAGUGUGGUGGAGAUGAAGGAGAAUGAAUGGGUUGCUGCAACGGCUCUUCCGCAUCCUCUCUUUCAACAUCUUUCCACACGUUGGACAUUCCAUCCCCUUCCAGACGGCUCCUCGACCCGGAUAGACUUUUCACUCGACUACGCUUUCAGCUCGCCCAUCUACAGCGCCCUGGCAGGGGGCAUCUUCAAAGAGCUUUCGACAAAGAUGAUGAACGCCUUCGAGGAGAGGGCAGUCGAAGUGUAUGGUCAGAAGUGAUGCGUUUGCAGGGGUCCUCAUAUACACAUGGGUUGAAAUGGAACGUUGGCGAUUGACCUCUUCCGGUAGCAUUGCAAUAGAUCACACUCGCACAUUGCCCUGAACAGAUGUGGCACUUGGUAUCUUCACU